CUCAAUUGUGAGAGAACUGAUAACGAGAACCUAAACAUGGAACCGCUUCUACAACCAAGUGCAGAUGGUUAAAAUUGAUAUUCUUAAUUUUGUCAACUACUCUGUGGUUUGUUUAUUGUCGUUCACGAAUAGUGACUGUAUUUUAUUGUUUUGAAUGUUUUAUUAGUCAUAGUUUAUCUUUAAGUUAUGUGGUUGUGGUAAUGAUGCAAUAUCAAAUGUGUAGAUCAGUUUAGGCUAAAUAAGAAGUAUUUCGUGGAUGAAUACGACGUAACUUAAACUAUUCUAUUUCUCGCAUUCUAUUCUACACAACAGUUAAGACUAAUGGUUAGUUACAUCAUAUGAAAGACGCAAUGGUGGACAAUACACUACAAGAGGUAAUGUAUACAUACUAAGAAAUCAACAAAUCUAAAAAAUGAGCCAUAAAGGAGCAAAAAGCUUGUCAAAAGGAGAGGGUAGUUCAUCUAGUUCAAAUCCUAGAGGUGGAGCGCUGUCAGAUGCUUUCUUUCAAGCCGUGGAACAAUUUAAGAAUAAUGACGAUGAGGAGUGGAGGGUUCAAAAGAGGCGGAAAAAUCGUCAAGAACCAAGAGAGGUGAAACAUUUUGGAAGAGAUCAAUCCAGGGAUUUAAGCAGUGAGAUAAGAGAAAGGCGUCAUAGUAAAUCUUCAGAAAGUUAUAAUAGCAAGAAGGUAAACAAUCAAAAACCUUCUCAGAAUUCUUGUAAAACCGAAACUGAAAAAGGUGACUAUAACAAUAGUUUUGAUCGGCAGAAACACCAGAAGAGCAGUCAGUUACAGAGCUCAAAAAAAAACUCUUCUAGUGUUACUGACAGUACUAAGAAAAAAAAUGAGCAUUGUAGGGAUGAUUUCAAGUUUGGAUUUUCAUUUUCAAAAUUAAAUGAACUGUCAGCAAAAGAUUCCACAGAUAUCAUUCGUACUUUAGCAAAUAGUCGUAGUGGACUAGAUACAUUUCUUACUAGUAAUAUCAAACCAGACUUCAUGUAUCUUAUAAUCAAGAUUUUAAGUAAAUUAACAACAUCAGACUGGGAAGAAAACAAAGAACAUGUUUUAAUGAAAGCAACUCCUCCUGAAUUUUUUAAGAAGAUUUCAGAGUUUGUUGUGUGUCUUGUAUCAGAUGAGCAAAGUUUCAAAAGAUGUGAAGAAAUGGAAUCAUUUUUUGACAACUUGCUAACAUUCUUCCGUGCCAUCAUGACUGUACUACCAACAGUCGCAGCUGAACACUUAAUGGGACCCUUGAGAGUUACUAAAAUGGCAAUGGAAAAUGUAGCAGCAUAUCAGCAGAAUGUUACAAUCAAUGCUAAUUUGUUUGAAAAACUAAAAGAGCUAAUAGUUGAUUUUGAAGAACGAAAGAAGGAGAAAGAAGAAAGGGAUAGAGUUAUUCGUGAAAAAAUUGAGCCUGUCUAUCCGAAGCCUUUGGUUAAUAUUAGCGAUAUCCCUGUUUAUCCCCGUCCAGAAGAUAUUGCUUGUGCUCAAGGUCUAAUAGUUCCUAAUAAAAUUAAAGGAUGUUACAAGAAUGUUGAAGAUUAUUUAAAUGUACAGUUUCACCUGUUGAGAGAGGACUUUAUUGCACCUUUGCGGCAAGGUAUUCAUGAGUUCAGAACAGGUCAUGAUGAGAAGAAGAAUAAAAAAAAGACAAAGAUAAAUAACAUUAGAAUCUAUAACAGAGUGAAAUUUUUAAAACCAAAGGUUAUUGCUGAUAAAGUUGGCUAUGAUAUUUGCUUUGAUCCUGAAAAACGAUUGAGAGUUAAAUGGGAAUAUUCUAAAAGAUUUAUUUUUGGAUCUCUUCUACUUUUUACAACAGACAACUUUCACUCUUUCUUCUUAGCUACAGUUGUUAAAAGAGACUUAUCUAUUUUGGAGAAAGACAGAAUUGUAUCCGUUAUUCUGUGUGAUACAAGUGAGCUCGCCCAAGAUAUUCUCUCCAAGGAAUUUCUAAUGGCUGAAAGUGAGAUUUACUUUGAACCUUAUUACAGUGUAUUGAAGGCUCUUCAGAAGUUUGACAACAAUUCAUUUCCAAUGAAAAAAUAUUUUGUUGAUGUGGAAACCAAGACAGAUCCCCCAGCUUACACACGUAAUGGGAGUGAUGUAUACUCAAUCUCUAUUGGUGAUGGAGGGAUCAAUGGACGAUUUACAAUCAAACUCUUUGAGCCUCAUACCUGGCCAGCUUGUGAAGAACUAGGUUUUGACAGUUCACAGUUAACGGCAUUCAAAGCAGCACUAACAAAUGAUCUGGUAGUCAUUCAAGGGCCUCCAGGCACUGGGAAAACAUACCUUGGCUUAAAAAUAGCAGCUGCUUUGUUGGAAAAUUCUGUCAUAUGGAAUUAUGAUCAUAAAACACCAAUUUUAGUUAUCUGUUAUACAAAUCAUGCUCUUGACCAAUUUCUUGAAGGCAUUGUUCAGAACAAUCUGACUAAUAAUAUUGUCCGAAUAGGGGGAAGAAGCAAGAGUGAGCUAUUAGGACCAUUCAAUUUAAGAGAAAGAAGAAAAUCUGUUGCGUACUUCAGCCCUAACUUUUAUCAAGCAGCAUUAUUAAAAGAUCUUAAAAGAGAGAUGUCUGAGAUAUUUGAAAAUAUAAAAAUACUACAAGAUAACUUGGAACAUCUGGAUAAAAAUGAUGGCAUUCUUUCACUGAAAACUUUGAAAAUAGUUAUGAGCGAAACUCAUCAAACAUACUUCAAGAAUAAUGAUCAUGUGCUUGAAUGGCUUUUGCUUGGUGUAAGUGAUCAAGGAAGGUCUCAGAAAAAUCUCAUUUCAACAUAUGACAAAGGUGUUAGAAGACGACAGACUGAAAAUGUGCUUGAUGAUUUCGGAUUUGACCUAGCAGAUUUUGAAAAUGUAAGGAGAUUAAAAGAGGUAUUUUUUGACAGAAUUGAUCUUGAUGAGGCAAACCAACAUACGAAUGCAAAUAUUCAAAUAUUCUUUAGUUACACAUUUGAAGAAAUUCAGAAGAAAAUAGAACACUAUGAAAAGAUCUUUGAAAGUCUCCCUAACUCAGAAGACAGUAGAGAAAUGAUACAGCAAAAGAUGCAUGAAGCAAAACAAGCAGAAAGUGGUCUUAAACUGAUCCUCAAUCAUUUUGUAGACAAACUUACAAACAUUGGCAUUCCAACUGAGGACGAUACAAGAAGGUUAUUUAAAGUGGAGAAUAUAAAUGCUUUAAAUAGCAAUGAGCGAUGGGUGUUGUAUAAGAUUUGGAUUGAGUUUCUAAAGUCAGGAUAUUGGAUGAUGUUAGGAAAACUGGAAGAGAGAUACAGAAGGGGAGCUCGCCGGUACGAUGAAGUAAGACAAUUUGAUGACUUAAGAAUUGUUCAACAGGCUGAUGUUGUUGGCGUAACGACUACAACAGCUGCACGGUUACAAGCCAUGCUGAGAGAACUAAAGCCUAAGAUUGUGAUUGUGGAAGAAGCAGCUGAAGUACUGGAGGCUCAUAUUGUGGCUUCGUUAUCUGUUUACUGUCAACACCUGAUUCUCAUAGGUGACCACAAGCAACUACGACCAUCACCGUCAGAAUACAAGUUGGGAAAAGAUUACCAUCUGGAUGUGUCACUUUUUGAACGGCUGAUCAACAAUGGAGUGAAUUUUCAUACUCUGAAGAUCCAACACCGCAUGCGGCCAGAAAUAUCAAGAUUAAUCGUACCUACUAUCUACCCCACCCUCUGUGACCACCCUUCUACUCUUUGCCGACAAAAGGUGCGCGGCAUGGAUAAAAGUGUCUUCUUCAUGAAUCACAAUCAUUAUGAAGCCGAGGUGGAUGACAUAAUGAGCAAGAAGAACCUGUUUGAAGCCAGAAUGAUCAUGUUACUGGCAAGGCACUUGUUACUGCAAGGUUAUCGACCGGACGAGAUCACUGUCCUCACCACAUACAGUGGACAAAUGUUUCUUAUGAAAGAGGAACAAAAUCGACUGGAACUGCCCAAGGACUUGCUGGUGACGGUGGUGGAUAACUUUCAGGGAGAAGAGAACAAGAUUAUCCUGCUGUCUCUAGUUCGGAGUAAUACAGAGAACCGGAUCGGGUUCAUGAAGAUAGAGAACCGUGUGUGCGUAGCUCUUUCCAGAGCCAGAGACGGGCUAUAUGUGGUAGGCAACAUGGACUGUCUUGAAUCAGAGAGUGUGCUAUGGCAGCGUAUCCGACAGUCCUUUGUAGACCAGGGUGCCUUUGGCCCUGCUCUGGUCCUCCAAUGUGAGAGACACAAACAUCAACUGACUCGUAUUGUGGACCACACUGACUUCAAUACCGUGCCAGAGGGAGGCUGCAGCCAGGCCUGUGGUGAGAGAUUGCCUUGUGGCCACAACUGCAAGAGCUUGUGCCAUGUCAGCACGGACAGGCAUACAAGAUACCGCUGCAGUGAGCCCUGUAACAGGUUUUUAUGUGAGGAAAGACACCCUUGCACUAAGAAGUGUUAUCAAAAGUGUGAUAAAUGCUUGACACCCAUGGACCGAGUGCUUGACUGUGGUCACCACAUCAUUCUGCAGUGCUGUGUGGAAUACAGAAAACUACAGUGCAAAGAGAUGGUGACUAUAAGUUACACUCAUUGUGAUCACAAAGUGCAGCUGGAGUGCUACCGGAAGGGCCACAAGACCUGCCCUCAGCCCUGCCCCUUCCGUCUGGAAUGUGGCCAUGCAUGCACCAGGACGUGUCACGUGCUGGAUGAUCCUGACCAUCUAGAGUACAAAUGCGAGAAGCCAUGUGCACGCCGCCCCCUGGGUUGCACUACAGAGUCCCACCGCUGCCAGAACAAGUGCCAUGAGGAGUGUGGCUCUUGUAAAACCAUGGUGGUUAAACUGUUGCCUUGUGGACAUAAGCUCACUGUCCCUUGUCAAGAAAAAACUCUCGUCUGCAAAGUUCCCUGCGUAAGAAAGCUCAGCUGCGGACAUCCUUGUGAUAAAUUGUGCUAUGAAGAUUGUGGCAAAUGCUAUUUUAAGGUGGAGAAGGUAGUGCCUCUAUGUGGACACAAGGUACAAGUGAAAUGCUAUAAGGAUCCCACUAAAGAGCAUUGUCGAGGCCAGUGUUCAGUGACACUGCAAUGUGGACACAAGUGUGCCAAGCGCUGCUGCGACUCUUGUAGCCAAGAUGACUGUGUGGUACCAACUCAACUGUCUGUGGCCCUUCCCUGCGGCCACAAAGGAGUUAUGUUACCCUGCAACCUUACUCGUAAGAUCAACUUCGUUGACAGCACUGACAAAGAGCAGUUGGUACAAUACUGUAGUGAGCCCUGCCUGCAAAUGCUGGAUUGUAAGCACCGUUGCAGUGGUACAUGUGGCCAGUGUAUGCAAGGCCGAAUACACAAAGUUUGUGAAGAAGACUGUGGCAACACUCUCAUCUGUGGACACAGCUGCCCAGUUCCUUGUCGAGAGGUUUGUCCUCCUUGCCAAAAGCCGUGCCAAAAUAAAUGUGUUCACACCAAGUGUCCAAAGAAAUGUGGGGAGCCUUGUAUACCUUGCAAAGAGCCAUGUGAUUAUCAGUGUAUUCACUCUCGUUGCACCAAGAAGUGUGGAGAUUUAUGUGACAGAAAGCCUUGCACAGAACCGUGCUACCUCAGUCUGCCAUGCUCUCACCCUUGUGUGGGCUUUUGUGGCGAACCUUGUCCACCUUGUAAGCAGUGCUUUCCUGAACACUAUGAAGAGUUUUUCUUCACUGGUGAAGAAACUGAAGAAGAUGCAAAAUGGGUUCUGUUGAAUGACUGUAAACAUGUGAUUGAGGUCACCGGAUUGGAGACAUGGCUUGGAAUGGACCAAGAGGGUUCAGAGAUCAAGUUAAAGGCUUGUCCUAAGUGCAGGCAUACGGAACCCAAUCGCUAUAUCUCAACUACCCAGCGAUAUUUGAAUGAAGUCAAGAGAACAUUUAUUGAUAUUCAAGCAGUGAAACAGAAGAUAUUUGGUCAAGUUGAAGAGAUUAGGAAUAAAAGAAAAGAACUACUUAAAGAAAUUUCUAAAAUUUCUCCGAAAGAAAUGGAGGGAUUCAACAAUGAAGACCAAAGUGAAGAUAAACUGAAAACUCUAAGAGAAUCUUUACUAGUUGAACUGAAAUAUGUGAAAAAUAAAAGACGAAAUGAAAUAAGUACACAUAAAGCAAGUCUUCUAAACUUCAUGGCUUCAAUAUACCUUGCAAUUCAGGAAAGAGUAGUAAAUGAUUGGAAAAAUCUAACGGAGGCAAAUAAGAAAAAGGCUUUCAAACAUGUGAAUUUUUAUAUAACAAUAUUAAACCAAAGGAAAGAAAAGAUAAGUGAGGAAGAAAUCCUAAGUUUCAAUCGUGAGGUUGACCGACUCCACAGAAUCUUUGAUUUGCUUUUACUAGAAAGUACUGCAAAUUUUUUGGCUUUGGCAAGUUUUAACGCUGAUAUACAGAAAAAGGUUAGAGAAUUUCAUGUGGAUUUGAAGCAAAAAAUUUAUUCUUUAAAGCCAUACAAUGAAAGUGAAGACAAAGAAGUUAAGGAAAUCUUGAAAGAAGUUUCAAAAAAAUUAAAUACGGUUGUUUCUGACGAAGAACGAAGAAUGGUUCAUAGAGCAAUGGCUACAAGCUUUAAUGGAGGUGAAAGGAGUACAAAUCGAUGGUAUCGAUGUGGAGGUUGUAGAGAUGUGUACUGUGUUGCCAACUGUGGUGCAAUUAAUCAGAUCGCAAAGUGUGGUAGAUGUGGACAUACAAUCGGAGAUCAAAGCCGUAUUCGCAAUGAAGAAAUGGCAAGAGCAUUGCAAAAUAUUCAUUGAUGAAUUAUGCAAAAAAACAAAAGUUAUACUAAACCAAUAAAAUGUAAUCAAGGCAAUUCUUUACUCUACCACUUUGAUAAAAACUUUAUAAUCUACUGGCUGUGAACAAGGAAUCUAAUUAUUAACUCUUUAAGGUUUUACUGUUUGCCAACUUCAAAAAGGAGACUAAUCUAGAUUAUGUUUGCUGCUGUCAAUUGAAGUGCUUGUGUUUGUAUAAAAGUGAAGUAGUUCUAAGUUUAAAAAUAAAUAAUGUUUAAUUA